UGACGAACUACCUCUAAUUGUUGGAGGACUAUGUUGUAAAAUCUUUCAAUUAGUUAUAUUUCGAUAUAGUUCUAAUGUUGGGAGAUUUGGUCGAUUGCGCAAUUAACAACUUAACCGGAGGAUGCACCACUUCAACGACCCAAAACCUAAGGUUAUAUUGUUGUUGAGGACAGUGCCGUUUUAUUCUGACUGACUGGUUAGCUGCUAGCCAACAGUUGGAGUAGCUAGCUACCCAGCUAGCUAAUCUUAAAAAGUCACGUCUCCAGCUGGCCUGCUAACCUAACCUAAUUUACGUUAACAUUUAUUGUAAGGGAUAUAUCUCGCUAGUUUAGUGUUUUUCUAUGCGUUGUUUGUUUAGCCUUUGUGCAACCAUAGGAAUUGGGUUUCUGGGUGUUUUAUUAUAAGGUUAGCUUGCUAGCUAGCUACGAAUAGUCGCUUGCAGUAACUGGAGCCAAAAGUCUGACUUCAUUUAACAAAAAUGAGAUAGAAGGAAGACACCAAGUACAUUUCCCGCUGAUUUAGCGGCUCUGAAUUGGAUCGAAAGCUUUGUGUGUGAGGCCUGCAGGUCGGGCUUUCACCGAGCUAGAGUAGGGCCGUACGCCGCCUGUGAACACUCUUAGGCCAGCAGCUCGCGCUGCUAGGCUGGAGGCCGGGGAUUUCAAGAAAUGGAACGAAUGGAAGUGGACCAGUGCGCAGGCGCAACUACCGGGAGCGGAGGGGGGGCUCUUCGUAGAUCGAACAGCGCCCCCAUGAUCACAAGUGUCAGUGAUGGUAUGACAGUGUUCAGUCCAACUAGCUCAGCCCGGUAUCGGCGGAGCAGUGUCUCUGUGAAUCCCAGUUGCCCUUAUCGGGCCGUCCCCUUGUCCCCUUUCUCAUUGGGUGGUGAGAGACCAGACCACAAAAGGCAGGUUGAGAAUAUGGAGAUGACACUCAGGGGGAGUCUUCAGAGACUAAGUGCUUCCAACCUGGUCCCUCCUCCUGUCAGUCACUGGCAUGAUCAUUCAUCAGGGGGAUUCCAUUCACAGGACAGUGGUGUCACACCCAAUUCGUCCCCUAGUCCAACUCGAAGGUUUAGGGGGCCUACAGUCAGUUCUACUGUGAGAUGGCCUGCCCUGACUCCACUGAAAAGGAAAGGAGGAGUGGAGUCUGAUGGCCCGCCCAAGAAGCUGUUUGUUGCCGGGGUAACAGAACCUGCUCACCGGACUAGUUACACAGUCAGUGUGUCCCAGGCGUCUGUAGACUCUCCUACAGGUGGUGUGUCUGUGUGUGAUGCCAGUCCCCAGGGUAGUCCACUGUCCCUGUCUCCUCCCCCCUCUUACCAGGCCAACAUCUAGACACCCCAACACCAGGAGCCUAUCAUAGACCAGGACUACAGUCAGCCUGUCAGGGCCCUGGAUCCCUCAACACAGCCCCACUCACCCAGUCCACCUAUCAUGGGAAUCAACUCAGUAAGCCUAUCAGAACCCUAGUUUCUACACAAUCUGCCUAUCAGGGAGCACUCCUCUCUCUCAAACCAUCAGAGCAUUGGGGAAACAUAUUCCUUGGCUCCUGAAGUAAUCAGAUCUGGAUUUGUAAUCAAGUUAAUUGAUAAUAUCUAGAUGUUAUACAAAGACUGGCACCCGUACUUUGUUAAUCAGAAGGUUGCAGGAAAUGCCCUGCUAAAGGAAGUUGGUGACCAGUGCAUUGUAAGGUAGUGUCAGGGUGAAGAGAUUGUGAUGACAAUGGGAAAGAACUUAGAAAAUCGUUUGACUAACUUCUGGACUCACUUUUCGCUGUAGUUGACAUGUGGGUUGUGUUGUGAUAACCAAUGUCAACUAUGGUUGUAAUUUUCCUUGUUGGGAUUUUGUUUAUCCCAUAUCUAGAGGUGUUACUGGUACUGUAAAACAGAAUGAGUUCUUCCAAUAGUCAAGAAAAGGCCUUGUCUGAAGUUGUGUUCAGGGGUAACGGUGAGGGAAUGUUAUAUCCCACUGAACGGGACCCAAUAGUCCAGUAUUCUUUGAUAGUCUAGAAGUUAGCACUCAAACAUGAGACAAUAAGUCACCACAGCGGACUGCCGAGCCGGUGGUGGCUCUGAGUUUGUCUAUAUGUGAAUAGUGUAUUGAUAUGUGAAUACGCGGAUAUAAGCAGGGCUGCCUUUAUGGCCCCUCACUUUCUCUGGCUGUAGGGGUUUGUACUGUAAAUAUAGAAUCCCCAAGCAAAGCUCUGCCCAGAGGUCCCUCCCAAUCCUGGUCCUUAAGGGCCCAAUCCUAAUGAUUGUUCUGCGUGGAUACUGGUAAUUCAAAUUUUAGCACAAAUCUGUCAUUGACAUGACAGAGCAAUUCCACUGUAUCAGAGUGACACAAACCACGUUUCCAUCCACAGUUUUUAUGCUAGUAAAGUCAUAUUGUAUAAAAAAAAAAUUACGACAGCUGUGAUGGUAACGAAGUUUCAGUACAAUUUUCUAAAUG